GUCCUUCAUGCCGGAGUACCUGCGGCUGCUGCUGGCCCAGGACAAGUGGGCGGAAGCCGAGGCGUACGUGGCGGGCCUCGUCGACAUGGAGGACUGCAGCCGGCUGGCCAGCCUCGUCCUCGCACGCAUCCGCGUCUUCGGCGUCAUGUCCAAGUUCGCCGUCGGGGAGGCCAGCACCGUCUCCGCCGCUUCCUUCCGACGCGCCGAGGCCGGCCUCCUCGCCCAUCCCGAGCUGCACGCUGUCCGCCCCGUCCUCGAUUCCAUGCGCUCCGACCCAGACAAGGCCUCAAGGCUGUAUGCGCACAUCCAUCCCGGGGCAGAGGCCAUCAUGAAGUGGGCCGCCAAGUGCCCGGAGUUCAAAUCCAAGAUUCGAGCACCGCCUCGUUGCCCCUUCGAUCGUACCUAG